GUCCGAGAGUCACAAUGAACUUGCAUAAUAACAAUACAACGUUGCCGUUGUUGCCAAACCUCAGCUCCCUCUGGGUACCUGGUUCCCCAGGUGCAGGGCUGCCCCCGGGCGCGGGCACUGAUUCUGGCAGCUACAACGUUUCUCAGGCAGCUGGGAAUGCCAGUCCUGCCAAUGGCACCAUCAGCGACCCUCUGGGAGGCCACACCGUCUGGCAGGUGGUCUUGAUUGCCGUCCUCACGGGGGUCGUGGCCCUGCUGACCAUCAUUGGCAACAUCCUGGUGAUCGUGGCGUUCAAGGUCAACAAGCAGCUGAAGACGGUCAACAACUACUUCCUCUUAAGCCUGGCCUGCGCCGAUCUGAUCAUCGGGGUCAUUUCCAUGAACAUGUUUACGGCCUACAUCAUCAUGAAUCGCUGGGCUAUGGGGAACUUGGCCUGCGACCUCUGGCUUUCCAUCGACUAUGUGGCCAGCAACGCCUCCGUCAUGAACCUGCUGGUGAUUAGCUUUGACCGGUACUUCUCCAUCACCAGGCCGCUCACCUACCGAGCCAAAAGGACCACGAAAAGAGCCGGCAUGAUGAUAGGCCUGGCCUGGGUCAUCUCCUUCGUCCUCUGGGCGCCCGCCAUCCUGUUCUGGCAGUACUUCGUGGGCAAGAGAACCGUGCCCCCGGGGGAGUGUUACAUCCAGUUCCUCAGCGAGCCCACCAUUACCUUCGGCACGGCCAUCGCCGCCUUCUAUUUGCCCGUCACCAUCAUGACGAUCUUAUACUGGAGGAUCUAUAAGGAAACGGAAAAGCGGACCAAAGAGCUGGCCGGGCUGCAGGCCUCCGGGACGGAAGCAGAGGCGGAAAACUUUGUCCCGACCACGGGCAGCUCCCGGAGCUGCAGCAGCUACGAGCUGCAGCAGCAGAGCGUGGCGCGCUCGGCCCGCCGGCGGUGCGGCUGCUGCGACUUCUGGUUCCCCACCAAGACCUGGACGCCCAGCGCCCAGCGCGUGGAGCAGGACCACAGCAGCAGCGACAGCUGGAACAACAACGACGCGGCGGCCUCCCUGGAAAACUCCGUGUCCUCCGACGAGGAGGACAUCGGCUCGGAGACCAGAGCCAUCUACUCCAUUGUGCUCAAGCUGCCCGGGCACAGCACCCUCCUCAACUCCACCGGGCCACCGUCCCCAGACAGCCUGCGGGUGCCCGACCAGGAGCUGGGCACGGCGGGCGUGGAGCGGAAAGCCAGCAAGCUGCAGGCCCAGAGGAGCGUGGACGACGGAGGCCGCUUCCAAAAGAGCUUCUCCAAGCUCCCCGUCGAGUUAGAGUCGGCCGUGGACCCGGCCAAGACGCCCAACGCCAACUCCUCCCUGGGGAGGUCCACGGCCACGCUACCUCUGUCCUCCAAGGAGGCCACUCUGGCCAAGAGGUUUGCCCUGAAGACCCGGAGCCAGAUCACGAAGCGGAAGCGGAUGUCGCUCAUCAAGGAGAAGAAAGCCGCCCAGACCCUCAGCGCCAUCCUGCUGGCCUUCAUCAUCACCUGGACGCCCUACAACAUCAUGGUCCUGGUGAACACCUUCUGCGGCAGCUGCGUCCCCAAAAACUACUGGAACCUGGGCUACUGGCUGUGCUACAUCAACAGCACGGUGAACCCCGUGUGCUACGCCCUGUGCAACAAGACCUUCCGCACCACCUUCAAGACGCUGCUGCUCUGCCAGUGCGACAAGCGGCGGCGGCGCAGGCAGCAGUACCAGCAGCGGCAGUCCGUGACCUUCCACAGGUGUGUGCCCGCGCAGGACGUGUAGAGUGAGUUUGGUCAAUGGCCAUGACCUUCUAUAGCUGUGCAACCAAGCAGGACGUGUGGAGUGAGCUUGGUAUAUGGCCGUGACCUUCUGCAGGUGUGCGCCCAAGCAGGACCUGUAGAGUGAGCUUGGUCAAUGGCCAUGACCUUCUGCAGGUGUGCAACCAAGCAGGACCUGUAGAGUGAGCUUGGUAUAUGGCCAUGACCUUAUGCAGGUGUGCAACCAAGCAGGAACUGUAGAAUGAGCUUGGUCAAUGGCCAUGACCUUCUGCAGGUGUGCGCCCAAGCAGGACCUGUAGAAUGAGUUUGGUCAAUGGCCAUGACCUUCCACAG